AUGGGUAAAAGUAGUAUUUGUCACAAAACGGAAAGUAGAAGAUCUAUUAUCAAACAAAUUCGGUCGGAAAAUCUAAACAGGAAGCGUGGUUAUUCAUCAUCAUCAGACAUCAACAAAGAAUCAACGAAUUCAGUACAAAAUCAGUUCACAUCAAGCAUAGAAAAUAUUGAAGAUGGUAUGGAUUUUUAUUUAAUUAUUCAUCUAAAUUCUUUAAUCUCAUUGCUACAACAGUUUUUAUGUUCUGAACGCAACAAUUUAUGGGAUGAAUCUGUAUCUAUUAAAGAACAAAAUGGAUUGUACAUGCAACUUGAAUUUAAAUGUCAUAGUUGUGGAUUUCUCACUCGUUUAUGUUCAUCACCACAAGUACCAAAUAGUAGACGUCACGAUAUAAAUGUUCGAUUAGCGAUUGGUGGUACUUUAUGUGGUUUAGGUCGUAAUGGAUUAAUGAAAUUACUAGGUGCUUUAAGUCUACCACCACCAGUGCAGGAACAAAAGUAUCGUGAAGCACAAGAACUUAUUUUAAAUUCUGUGGAAAACGCUCAAGAACAAUCAACGAUAGCUGCCGUUGAAGAAGCAGUCGUUGAAGCUGGUGGUGUACGAAAUUUAACAAUAAGUGGAGACGGUGUGUAG